UAAAAAUAUUUUAAAAAAUAAAUAUUAAUAAUUUUUUUUAAUGAUUUUGUUUUGUAGUACUGUAAAGUCGUACUAUCAAUAUACUAUAGACUUUGCUUUCAUGUACUACCAUCGCCCCCCAAUCUCGCGCCACUUUGAUAAUUAACUAAGAUCUUUAUUUAUUUAUUAUUUAUUUAUUUAUGAAUUCAAAGCAUCUAAUGAUAGGGAAGAUAAUAAUAACAACAUGGGCGGAGUCGCUUCAACAUUGCCGCGAAGUUCGCUUUCUUUCCACGCCAUCUUACACGGUGGAAACUGAUGAGUCAUCAAAACUGAUGAGUCACAAUUUUCUACUUUUUUUUUUCUUCUCCAUCCCUGUUAAGUAAUGAAAUAAUUCUUCAACUUAUUUAUUUAUGUAAUUUUAUUAUCAUUAGCUGACAAAUUAAUUUAUUAUUUGUCCCUUCAUUCCUCCUAUUAAUAAUUUCUAUUUUUUUUUAAGAAAGAACCUUCUCAUCAUCUUCUACAUGUUUAUGUAAUUUUUUUUAAUCAUUAACUGCAAAUAUUAUUUUAAAAGAGAUCCUUCUCAUCAUUAGCUGACGAAUUACUGUUUCAAUAUACCAUGUUUUGCAAUAACCUUUUUCGGCCUUAUUAUUCAACAAUUAAUCUCUAGAAAUUAUUGAGCUAAUACAUUUCCUCCUGUCAUAUUUGUAUCGGGAGCCAAAUAUGGCUGAGCUUAAUGCCAUUGCUAAGGCUUUGAAGAUCCCAGUCUCCGAAAUGGGUGUUAAUGGUUCAGCCGUGUGUGUGUGCGUGUGUAGAAUCAGACUCCAUUAAUGCUUUAGCUUGCGCUAAUUUGAUUGCAGGGCGUUUAGGCUUAGCUGCAAUUAAUUAAUACUUGUUCACCGAUAUAAUAAUAAUAAUAACCUUGCAGCUCCAGAAAACAGAGUAAAUAGUUUAUUCCAGACAAACCCUUCUGAUCUGUCUAGGAUCAUUCGGAUUGAAUAAUUUAUAUCAAACUUGUUGAAAUAGAAUGAGGUAACAUCCAACUACUCAUAUCACACAUGGAGUAAUGCGAAAAUGAAGUAGAACGAGAUACUAUCCAACUACAGGACAAGUAUGAUUAUCAAAUAAAGACUCCUGUCCUGAGCGGCUGACGCUAAGGUUAGCCUCACAACUUCAACUGAAACUAGAUCAUAUAUAGAAGAGAAGCAAAUUUACAAACCAACACUCGAUAAUGGAGCAGCUUCAAAUUCCCUCCUCCUUGGUCCUUCUCCCAUCACUCCUCUUUAUCUUCAUGGUAUUAAGGAUGCUCAAAAAGUCGAAAACCAAAGACUUGACUCCAAAUCUACCUCCAGGUCCACGGAAGCUGCCUGUGAUAGGAAACUUGCACCAGUUAUUUGGUUCUCUACCCCAUCACCACCUGCGAGACUUGGCCGAGAAACACGGACCUAUCAUGCACCUUCAACUCGGCCAAGUUCAGACCAUUGUUAUUUCUUCUCCAGAAACUGCUGAACAAGUGAUGAAAGUCCAUGAUAUCAACUUUGUUCAUAGGCCCCAUCUCCUUGUAGGACAAAUCAUCUUUUAUAACUGCACAGACAUAGUGAAUGCAGCAUAUGGAGACUACUGGAGGCAGUUGCGGAAAAUUUCCAUCUUGGAGCUAUUAAGUGCUAAACGUGUGCAAUCAUUUAGAUCUAUCAGGGAGGAAGAGGUAUCCAGUCUUAUUGGAAGUAUUUCUUCCAGUGCAGGAUCAAUAGUCAACCUUAGCAGGAUGCUGUUUUCUGUAGCUAAGCUCACUACGAGAGCAGCCUUCAGUAAAUUGCGGAAAGAGGAAGAGAUAUUCGUUCCGCUUGUUCAGGGAAUAAUGCAGGUGGGAGCAGGUUUUAAUAUAAGUGAUCUUUUCCCUUCCAUCAAAUUGCUUCCAUGGAUAACUGGGAUGAGAUCCAGAAUGGAAAGGUUGCAUCAAGAAGCUGACAGGAUACUUGAAAGCAUUAUCAAAGAGCAUAGAGCUCGCAAAGCGGAGGGCAAUUCUAGUAACGAGAGUAAAGUAGAUGAUCUUGUAGAUGUUCUUCUAGAUCUCCAGGAACAUGGGAACCUCGACUUCUCCCUAACUACCGAUAAUAUUAAGGCAGUCAUCCUGGACCUUUUCAUUGCUGGGACUGAGACAUCAUCAACUAUUCUAGAAUGGGCAAUGUCAGAGCUGCUAAAGCACCCUGAAGUGAUGGAAAAGGCUCAAACAGAGGUACGAGAGGUCUUUGGCAAAGAUGGAAGUGUCGGUGAAUUAAAUUACUUGAAGAUGGUUAUCAGAGAAACUAUGAGAUUACACCCUCCUCUCCCUUUGCUGAUUCCAAGAGAAUGUCGAGAGGAGUGUGGAAUAAACGGAUACAAUAUUCCCAUUAAAUCCAGAGUCCUAGUUAAUGUAUGGGCAAUCGGAAGGGAUUCAAAUUAUUGGGUUGAAGCUGAGAGAUUCCAACCAGAGAGAUUUCUUGAUAGCUCGAUUGAUUAUAAAGGGGUUAAUUUUGAGUUUACCCCAUUUGGUGCUGGAAGAAGGAUGUGUCCAGGCAUUCUGUUCGGCAUAAGUAACGUCGAUCUUCUACUAGCAAAUUUGCUCUACCAUUUUGACUGGAAGCUCCCCGGUGACAUGAAGCCAGAAAGUCUAGACAUGUCUGAAGCUUUCGGUGCCACGGUUAGAAGAAAAAAUGCUCUGCAUUUAACUCCUAUUUUGCACCAUCCUCAUCCUGUUAGAUCUUGAAAAUCACAAGGAAAAUGAUCUUAAAUCUGCUUUUGUUAUGUGUUACCUUAUGCCAAUGGUGUUGCCCGGUCACGAUAAUAAUAGUAAUAAAAAGCUGCUUAUUUUUCAGUGUUAUCUUUAGCUUUUCCCAGAACUUGUAAUAAUCCUACACUUUGAUCCAAAUUCCGUCCAAAAUAGCUGCAGGAUGAACUGUUAAUUUAAGUUAUUGAUGUAGAAA